AUGGCAUCGACCUUCGCAGCCUGGAUCCGGUCUCCCGCCGCUCGGGACUACUUCUUUUCCACACACUUCUGGGGUCCCGUCGCCAACUGGGGUCUGCCGCUGGCAGCGCUGGCCGACCUGUCCAAGAACGAGGAAAUGAUCAGCGGCACCAUGACCACCGCCCUCGCUUCGUACUCCGCCGUGUUCAUGAGGUUCGCAUGGAGGGUGCAGCCGCGAAACUACCUCCUCUUCGCUUGCCACACGACGAAUAUGCUCGCCCAGUCAACCCAGCUCGCCAGGUUCGCCAACUACCAUUACUUCGGUGGCAAGGAGAAGCGCGCCGAGGCGGCCAUCCCCGGCGUCAAGCAGGUCGUCUCUGCCUGA